UGCCAAGAUCUGUAAACACUGGCGUGCCAGCGCUGAUCUGACGUCCUGUGACUCAUGAUUUGCAGGAAUGUUCCUUUAAGUCGGACAAAAAUGCAAAGAGACUGGGAGGAGCCGAACCCCCCUGUCACUCUCUCAAUAUUCUUAAGAUAUAUAUCUGGAGGCAAAGGAAAGCGAUUCGGCAGCGUGGUAGCAGGUUGCGACGGAGACGCACGGACUAUUUACACAUAUGCAGUUGGCGUAUUAGCGAAGUCGUUGUUGCAUCCAAUGAACGGGAUUCAGUACCUCCCACUCGCCUGAAUUAUCUGGACCGUCGGGCUGUCAAACGGGGAAUUCUUUUUAAAUUACUGCUCCUGUUCGUGACUGUUGGGACGAAAUCGGCUUGGCUGGAACUAACUAUCUACUGUCUGGUGAAAACUUGCCUCCACUUGUCACAAUAAAAAACAACAGAGAGACAUUUUUCCCAGGGACUCUUUAAAAAAACUCACUGAAGUCUUUUGGGAUCUUUUAGGAUCACGGUCGACUUUGUCUGGCGCGUUUAACGAGGCUUCCCAGAAAAAAAAGAUAAUGUGGUGGUGGACUUUGCUUGCUGUGGUAGCUCUGUGUGGACUACCUCAUUUAUGCGCAGAGCUGGGGGUGAUAUCGGGGGUGCCGACCCGCUGCGACGGCCGAGCCUGUAACCCGCGCAUGGGAAACCUGGCUCUGGGGCGGCGGGUGCUCACGCAGUCCGUGUGCGGCUACAACUCCACCGAGCCGUACUGCUCGUACUCGGACGCCACGGCCGCCGGCGCCCCCGCCCCCGCCCCCGCCGCCGCCGGAGGGUCCUGCGCGGCACCCAAGUGCGGCAAGUGCAACGCCGCCCAGCCUCACCUGGCGCACCUGGCCGCCGCCAUGGCGGACUCGUCGUUCCGCCACCCGGACACCUGGUGGCAGUCGGCGGAGGGCGCGGAGGUGGAGACGGUGCAGCUGGACCUGGAGGCGGAGUUCUACCUGACGCACCUGAUCGUGGUGUUCCGCUCGCCGCGCCCGGCCGCCAUGGCGCUGGAGCGCUCGCGGGACUUCGGCCGCACGUGGACGCCCCUCGGCUACUUCGCCGCCAACUGCACCGCGGCCUUCGGCCUGGAGGAGGGCGUCGCCGGCCCCGACGGGGCCGCCUGCACCUCCAAGUAUUCCGGCGCGUUCCCCUGCACGCGCGGAGAGGUGAUCUACCGCGCCCUCUCCCCGUGGCACGCCCUGGACCCGUACGGCACGGCCGCCCAGCAGCAGCUGCGGGUCACCAGCCUGCGGGCGCGGCUCCUCCGACGCCAGGCCUGCCCGUGCCAGGCCAAGGACCCCGCCGCCAAGGCCCUGCCCACGGAGCACUACGCCAUCUACGACUUCAUCGCCAAGGGCAGCUGCUUCUGCAACGGGCACGCCGAGCACUGCGUGCCCGCUCAGGGGUACCAGCCAAUGCGGGAGAGGACCAAUCAUGUGGUCCAUGGGAAGUGCGUCUGCAGGCACAACACGGCGGGGGAGCACUGUGAGCGCUGCGCCCCCCUCUACAACGACCAGCCCUGGCAGCCCGCCAACGGCCUCACGGGGGCGGCUACAACGUGCCCAGAGUGCAAGUGCAACGGCCACGCCGAGAGCUGCCACUUCGACUGGGGGGCGUGGCUGGAGUCCGGGCAGCGCAGCGGCGGCGUGUGCGACGACUGCCAGCACAACACCGAGGGGCGGCACUGCCAGAGCUGCAAGAGCGGGUUCUACCGGGACCCGCUGCGGCCCGCCUCCGCGCCCGACUCCUGCAAACCAUGUGCCUGCCACCCGGUGGGCUCUGUGCCCUUCCACCUGAGCGGAGACUCCCUCUGUGACCCCAGCAACGGGGACUGCGUCUGCAAGCCGGGCGUGGGUGGCCCGCACUGCGACAGGUGCAUGGUGGGAUACUGGGGGUUCCAGGACUACGGCUGCAGACCCUGUGACUGUGCGGGUGACUGCGACCCCUUUACUGGAGACUGCAUGUCUGGCUCAGACCUGGAGCUCUACCACAGGGGAGACUACCCCUCGGCGCACAACGACAGCGAGCACGGGUCCAUCUUCAGGGUGGACGAGCUGUUCUCCGCCCUCCAUUACUCAGAGAAGUGUGAAUGCAAGGAGCACGUCCUGGGAAGCCCCAAGCUCUUCUGCAGCAUGAAGUACGCCUACGUGCUGAAGGUGAAGGUCCUGUCGGCCCACGACAAGGGCUCCCACGCCGAGGUGGACGUGAAGGUGAGGAAGGUGCUCAGCCAGAACACCAAGGUGAAGAUCCAACGGGGAAGAGUCAUCCUGUACCCGGAGUCCUGGACUGCACGAGGCUGCACCUGCCCCAUCCUCAAUCCAGGAGUGGAGUACCUGGUGGCCGGGCACGAGGACCGCAGGAAGGGCCGCUUGGUGGUCAACAUGAAGAGCUUCGUCAAGCCCUGGAGGGCCAGCCUGGGACGCAAGGCUGUGCAGUUCCUCAAGGCGGACUGCAAGUGGUAGAGCUGGCGGGGGAGAGGCUGGGGCAGAGAGAGAGAGAGAGAGAGAGAGCACGAGAGAGUGAGAGAGAGCGAGAGAGAGAGAGGCGAGAAUGAAGAGACUGCCAUCAUUUUUGUUUCUGUGCACUGAGGAGGAGGAGGAGGAGGAGCAGGGAGGGGUGGAAGAGGCGUUGGUGUGAAAAGGUGCAGGGGUUACCUGCGCCCAGCCUGCUCCUCAAGAGCCCUGACUGGAAAAAAAAAAGUGCGGGAAAACAGGAAGCGCCGAGCCGAACGUCGCUGGCACUCGGUGGGCUCUGGAUUCCGCGACGGCUUGACACUUCUGAGUGACGCUUUGGUCUAGGCCCCCCCGACGCUAGCCGUGUCUCCUCACGGACCACGCCCACGUUCUCUGCUCCCGGACUCUUGUUAGCUUCGGCCUGGCCUUCACCGCCAGCCACGGACGCAGCAGCCCUCUCUGAAGCACUUUACGCACGAGCGAGCGAGCGAGCGAAGCCGUUUUUUUUUACCCUGGACUCGGAUGGAGAAUGGACAGACAGACGGGUGGAUGGAUGGACGGACGGACGGACGGACAGACGGCAGAUUUUCCUCACCUGCGUGUGAGGAUGACGGCAGGCUCCCUCCGCGAGUUCCUCCUGGAAGAUUAGAGCGCUUCGGCCCCCGAGUAGCACGUCAUCGGGUCACCUUUGCCCUGACAUGUGACCCGUGAAUGCGCCGGGGAUUUCACAUGUUGCUGACGAACACAGGUGGACGUGAAAGUUAAACGUUGUGUUACUUUGUGAGUUCUUUCGGUGGAAAGGUGAACCAUUUGUCUACAUACUUAUUACUCAGCCUUCUACUUGGCUUCAUGGCUGGAUGCAGACAGGCAGGCAGACAAACGGACACACACACACACACACACACACGGGCACACACCACACACACACACACGCACACACACGCACUCACACACACUGCACUCAGAAGAUGUCAGAGUCCAGAAUGAUGGAUUGAGACUGAUGUUGAUAUUUUUCAGGUUACAAAGCCAUAAAUGCCAUGGGUAAUCAAUGGUGAUACUAGCUAUGAUGUGUAUUAGCAAUGCAAAAAGACAGAAAAGGCAAGCCACGGCAUUAUAAAAAUGCAAUAUAAUAUAAUAUCCCAAAUGUCUAGUGUUGUGUGCACUUAUUGGAGGUCUGUUGGGCUUGGACAGACCGGUAUCUGGUGUUCUUAACUUUUUUAUUUGUUCCUGUACAGUAUAUAUUAAUGAUGAUAAUAAAGACAUAAGAUUGAUUUCAUUUUCCAUUUAGGUUUCUGCAGAUGAACAUCUGGACUUGGUAAUAUGCACAUUAUCUCCACACAGUCUGAUCCAGUUCAACCAUUGGUCUGUUUUUUUUAAAUGACUUCAAGUAUUGUUCUCUGAAAAAAAAAUAAAGCCCACAAGUAUGAGUUGUUGGUUGUACAUACCAAGCAUUUGCCAGGUAUGUCUAAUUUCCCUGGUAUGUCCACCCAAACGCUUAACCUGUAUUUAACCUGUAUUUAAUUUUCAGAUAUUCGGUUCCUCGGGGAACUAAAAAGCUAUAUCAAACUACAGUUAGAUGUGUCAAAAUAUGUAAUAAAGAUAUCAAUCCUUUUUCAGUGAACAAUUAUAAUUGAUGGCCUUUAAGCUGUAAACAUUUAGAAACAGUAUACUCGCGUAAUUCUAAGCUGUUAUACUGCCAAUAAAGACUCUAACCUCA